AAAGGAGAGGUGUACUGAAUAAGGAAUUAUUUUUUACGUGUGCUUGUUUUUAAAGCUGUUGAAGAAUUAUUGGAUACCUUCCGGUUCCUUCAUUGUAGCAGUAGAGAUUUAGUUAAAUAACUUCCGGGAUGUCACCUUUAUUUUCUGUUAUGUUUAUGGUGUUGUGGUUCAAAGUGGUGAUCAUGAGUAAACACAAUUAUACAGAACUGGAGGAGAGUGUGGUCGAUCAAUGUCAAGCCCGGUGUCAUCUCAAGAAUAUCAAAGAAACUGGAGAUUUCAACUGCAAUACACCGAGUUGCGAACAAUGUCUCAAACCAUGCUUCUACGCACAGCGUCAGGAAAAAGUUCAAUGUGAGGCUGCAUGUGGAAAUGCACAUCAAAACUGCUUAUCAAGCUGUUUCUUCAUGGAAACUGCAUCUUAUAAUGAAAGUUAUUUAAACCCAGGUAACCUAAAGCAUAUGGCUAUACAGACUUGUCGAGUUAAUAUUCCAGCAUAUGGAAACCUGUCGGGAACAUUUAACAUUUCCCUGAAGUGGUCUUUAGAAAAUACUAGCCGUGAUUAUGCAGAGUACACCGUCUGGAGAAAAGUAAAACAGCAUCAGGAGGAAAAUUGGCGGCUUAUUUCCAUUACAAAUGCAACAAACAUGAAAGUAGAAGAUCUAAACCCUGAUUUGUUUUACAAAUUCAAAGUUGUUCCAGUGCUACCUGAGCGCAUUUACAUGAUACAAUCUUCAGAAACAGAUUGGAUUCAAUCAUUCAAAGCUAAAACAAGUUCAAACAGGCCACUCAAACUCUCUGUAUCAAAUGAAACCGUUGAAGGGAAGUCAAUACGAGUUAACGUGUCUUGGGAACCUCCUCCUGAUAACCCAUGCUUCUUCAAGUUAUUUUGGAUGUCUGCAAACUGCGAAUCGUAUAAAAGCCGUGUUAUUGACCUGUCAUCGAUGCCUGGUCCGAGCUUAUGGCUGUCGAAUUUGGGUUUUGGUUGUGAUUACAAGUUUGACAUCCAGAGUUCUGUAGAUCCGAUUUUCAGCAAAGUCAGCAAUUUUACUGUGACGUCAUACCGCACUAUUGACUGUUUGCCAGCAACAUCAUAUAAUUAUUCUCUCUGUGCCCCGGAACAGCCAUCAAAAAUCACAGUCAAAACGGUUAAAACGUAUGUAGAUAAGGUCCAUGAAAUGACUGCUGGGGACAUUAUGUUAUCAUGGAGGGCACCUCCGCACGCCAGCGUCGAUAACAACAUAACUAUGUACAGAAUAGAAUUCAGUAAAGUAGCUCGACUUCACAGACUUCAGUACCUCAUUCCCCACAGUAAUGUCACGCACGUUCUAGGGAAUCAAACAUGGGUUGUAAUCAGAAAACUACAUUGGUUCAAUGACUAUCGAUUUACUAUUGUUGCAAUUUCUGAUGGUGGAGAAAGUAAAGAAUGUUCAAAGACUUUUAAACUUGGAGAAUUCGCAAAAUUGACCGCCAAAAAAGAAGACACCGAGCAAGAGGAAAAGAAUGAGGCUGUGAUAGCAGUAGUGGUGGUGGUCAUUGGAAUCCUGAUAGCUUUUAUACUCAUCUGUAUAAUCAAACGGAAACGGACCAGAGAAGAACAGGAAACGGAAAGAAAAACUAGUGAUGAGGCUUAUAAUCCUUUAUACGUGGCCACAUCCCAUUCCUCCUGUGACGAUCCGCUCCUGAUAGAUCACAUGGAGAUAUGCUUUGAGAACCUUCAACUUUUGGAAGUAAUUGGAGAGGGAGCCUUUGGCAAGGUCCAUAAAGGUGAAUAUCUUCAGGAGGACGGGAAACGCUGUACUGUGGCCGUGAAAAUGCUUAAAGAAUUUGCAGAUAAAACAGAAGAAAAAAGCUUAAUGACAGAAAUAGAAGCCAUGAAACAGCUAGGAAACCACCCUAAUAUUGUUGGUAUGCUGGGUUUCUGCACAAAGCCGUCCUUUUUGUGUCUUAUAAUGGACUUCUGUCCUCUUGGUGAUCUCCGACAAUAUCUCCUUAACUGCAGGCACCAGAUGAUGAAAAUGGGUCAAAGAAUGAGAAGGAGGUCUGACAGUGGAAUCAGUCCAGGCUGUGAUAGAACAAGAGGCGCUGAAUUCUUCGCUACAGAUCCUGGUGGAUUGGAAGUGCUUUCUACAAAUUCCGAAAGUAACGUAUCUACAGAGUCGGAAUGUUGUAUUCAAGAGACGACACUUCUGUCCUAUGCCCGGCAGAUCGCCAUUGGGAUGGAAUAUUUAUCCCAGAAGAAGUUUAUCCACAGGGAUUUGGCCGCUAGAAAUAUUCUCAUGGUGGACAAUCGUAGACUGAAAAUCUCGGAUUUUGGUCUGACACGUGACAUAUAUGAAACAAACAUGUAUCAGCCUACUUCAUCCCGUAAACUUCCCUACAAAUGGAUGGCCAUUGAAUCCAUAUUCGAUCAAGUAUUCACAAUAAAAUCCGACAUAUGGUCUUUUGGAAUAGUUUUGUGGGAAAUCGUCACCCUGGGUGGCAGUCCAUAUCCGGGCAUUCCUAAUGAAGAUUUAUUCCGCCUUCUGAAAGAUGGAUACCGCAUGGACAGGCCAGAAAAUUGUUCCACCGACAUAUAUCAAAUGAUGCUGUCAGCCUGGCACCCAAAUCCCGACUGCCGCCCGACUUUUACUGACCUCCGUACAAGACUGGAGUCCAUGUUGGAGGCAACAAAAUCUUACAUCAACCUCUCCGUCAGUGUGUCACAGGAUUACUACACAAAUGAGAGUUCGUCAAGGGACACCUCACCACUUUCCCUGCCAGACAGUGUAUCGGACAGCACCGGAAGUAGGGUUUCGUCAUAUUUCGUCAUGAAUGCACAAGGGGAGACAAAUCCUUCGCCAGUUGUUCCCAAUACUUAUCUGUCCCUCCCACAAAACUCAACGACAGCCGUGAGUUCUAAUGAAUUUAAACGUGAAUGUAUUCACGGAUCAGAAUUGACCUCUUGUUUCAACACAGAACAAUGUGAUAUGUGUAGAAGUUUACCAUGUGCCUUGUGUAAAAAUGGCGCCAAUUUUAAACAGGAGAAUACUCAGUCAGGAUAUCCAUUGAAUGACGUCACAAAAUCGUCGUCCAUAAGUAAAUUAAGGAUUUAUCCACACGGAAGUAAGAUUGUCUAUUCUGACAAGAUCAUGGCUGGAGAAAAACAAACUUUUGACAUCUGUUCCAAUUCAGUUUCUGUCCAAUCCAUAAACACUCAUAAAUAGUUUAUAAAUGAUUCUUGAAUAAAAUUAUAUCAAUAAUAUA